AUGAGAAUGGGCGCCGCGACGCACCAGUAUGCAGAGUACGGGGGCGCCGAGCCCAUGUCCAGGACCUAUCAGUACAGAAAGGUCAUGAAACCGAUGCUGGAGAGGAAGAGGAGAGCUAGGAUUAACAGAUGUUUAGACGAGCUCAAAGAACUAAUGGUAUCGGCUUUGCAAAAUGAUGGUGAAAACGUCUCCAAACUCGAAAAGGCCGAUAUUUUAGAAUUGACUGUACGUCACCUUCACACUUUAAAGCAACAACAUCAACUCGUACUACCACAGGAAACCAGCUAUGCAGAUCGUUUUAGAGCCGGAUUCAACCAAUGCGCUCAGGAGGUCACCCAUUUCAUAACUGAGCCAUCUCAACGGGUAGACGCCACGGCCGGAAAGAAGUUAAUGCAGCACCUGGGAGCCUGUGUUAAAGAGCUGGACUUUCUUUCCAGGCGUAUUCAGGAACAGUAUCCCACCAAUUCCACCAAAAAUCCUACAAACGAAGAAAAGUCUGAGCCACCAAUGUGGCGGCCAUGGUGAAAGUGAAUGCAGCAAUCUAACAAUAGUAGAUUUAAUAACUCGCCUCCCUCGAAAUACGAAUAUUUGGGGUAUCUAAUCCCUUCCAUCUUAGGUGCUAAUUAGUUUUCCGCAAACCUGGGCUUGGAGCUUACAGCUUUGUGAUUAGGUAAUAAUGGUGACCUUCAUUAGUAACUGUAUCCAAACAUUGUACCUAGCUGUUUUCUAGCAUACUAAUACCGGGUACAAACGUGUUGAAUCAACGCACGUCGAUAGUGUGUGUGUCCUAUUCGGUUUUCAGCAACGUAAAGCUAAACGUGGGUUCUUUUGCAGCCCGUCAAUUUAACCGGAUGUUGAAAUUAAAAAAAAAAAAGGUUAAUUCUUAACAUACAUGAAGGCUCUGAAGUUUUACUGCUACUCAAUUCUGGUAUAGUAGAUAUGCUAUCAUCACAAUUUUUUGAUUUCCACUUGCACAUUGUAACUUUUAAAUUAUGAUGUAUGUGCACUGUUUUUGGACCGCGUUAAAGUUUUAAAAAAGUUGAAUGCGCAAAUCUAUAAAAUUAAUUGCUUCAUUACCAAAAAAUACAAUCUGUUAAAAAGGAACACUAAAAAAACAAACAAACUAAUAAAUACGUUUUAACAAAAUUUAUUAACGCUAUUACUAUGUUAUCAUACCAUUAUAUAUAUAUAUUUCUGGUCCAAUUUGCUACCAUUUGUGCAAAGAACAUCUAGCUGUCGUUUCGCAGAAAAUUUAUUUCUUCGAGCCUUAGGCAGGAAAAUUGCAAUUCCUUUGUUUUGCUAGCGGUCCGCUGAAAGAUGAAUAUUUCGCUGAUCCCCAUCUUUUUACCAUUUUUUAUACUUGUUUACAAAUGUCAAUAUAGUUGUUUGCAUUCAUAAUGCUUUCGAUGAAGAUUAGCUUUCCAACAUCAUUCCAGCCUCUAACUGAAGCGUUCGCGCGACCAUGUUUCACUGUUGGCAUAAUGAAUGCGCCGUAACUUGCAAACUCAUAAUAGUCUAAUCACAUUGGACAAAAAUACCCUUGGUUUACUAAAUAAUUGCAAAGUGUGGUUUUAUUGAUGCAAGUUGUUCAAGGGGGUAUUAAAAUGGGUACACCAAUUUUUGUGGGAAAACUUUUUCUUCGACAACAAGGAAUGAGUGUUUUUUGGGAUUCAAUCUAAAGUGAUGGCAGGAACGGAACAACUCUUUAAAUAAGAUUUUUAGGUGUUUAUGGAAUCCACAGAAUGAGAUCACACGUAAAAAGGUCCGACUAAUAGUAAUAAAGCUUUGGCUGAAAACCGAGCCAAGAUGCAGGUUUUAACACUUGUUGGAAAUGCGACGAUAAUUUCACCCAUAUACUUGAAGUUCUUCAACUUCUUAGGCAUCAUUCUAAAUAACGACAACCAAAUUAGAGUCGAUUGGUGAAGUAGUUUUUGAGAAUUGCUAAUUGCUUAUCCCCUUCGUUUUUCGCAUAAAAAUAACAUUUAUAUUUCGGAAUGGUUUGUGACUCGGCAAGUAUUUCGACUAUAAAAUGCCCUUUGGACGAACUCUGUAUAUUGCUCAGUAAACUAGUAGUGAUGUACAGAAAACAGGUGUUUUGGAAUAAACAAGUAGAAAUUCUCAAAAACUACCUACCUCCAAUUUUGUGGUGGUUAUUUGUAAAUAUGAAGCCUACAGAUAACCUGCAUCUUGCCUCGGUUUUUUGCCAUAACUUUUUUACUAUUAGUCGGAUCUUUUUAGGUGUAGUCUCGUUC